AUGACACAAGAAACUGCCCGGUGUGGUUUAUGUAAAAAUGUCACCGAUUGGAUGAACUCUGUCAAGAAAUCCACAUUUGCCUUAAAGAAGCCAAUAGGCAUCUCAGAAAGUACCGGUAAGGAUCUUCCAGAUCAAUAUGAACCGUUCCCCUCGCCACCGGAUGCCGAUCGGCUUGGAAGAGAGACAUGGACCUUUUUACAUACCCUAGCGGCCUAUUACCCCUCAAAGCCAUCUUUGGACCACCAAAUGAAAACACAGCAGUUCUUCUAUCUACUUCCUUCGCUUUAUCCAUGCAACGUUUGUGCGGAACACUUGAAGGAUGAGUUGCAAACAAACCCGCCCAAAGUGGACUCGAAUGUCAACCUAUCUAACUGGCUAUGUGAUAUCCAUAACGAAGUGAACGGGCGAUUGGGAAAGCCUAUUUUUGACUGCUCCAAAGUUCUGGAACGGUGGAAAAUCGGCGUGAGAGAUCUUCUUCGGCAAGAAUCGCUAAAAGAAUCAUCUUUAAAAGAACCGGUCGAGCAUUCACAUAUUUAUUCUAGUAAACAAUAG